UUCGAGUUGCACUACGUUGGGGGGAAUGGGUAGCAUUAGUGCAGUGCUGUGAUCACACUGAUGAAAGUAUCUUGGUUGCUGGCGAAUAAGGCAAUCCUGCUGCGAUAAUAUUGAUUGCAAAGUUGCAUCGUCUGGACUUUGAGACUGUCACUGCUUCAUUCACCAGGUCUACAAACAUGAGCCACGAAGGGGGUGCUUCAUCUAAGAGCUCUACAUCGUCAGUCCUUAAAGAAGAGGUAAUUACAGAAGGAAAAUGGGUCAAAUUUGAAAAGACCACCUAUGUUGACCCUUCUGGAAAUGUAAGAAUCUGGGAAACGGUGAAGAGGACAACAAAAAAGAAUUCCUCAGCUGACGGAGUGGGCAUAUUUGCCGUUCUGAAAAGAACUCUCCAUUAUGACUGUGUUGUAAUGGUAAAACAGUUUCGGCCGCCAAUGGGGUGCUACUGUCUGGAAUUUCCAGCAGGCCUCAUCGAUGAAAAUGAAAGCGCAGAAGCUGCAGCUUUGAGGGAACUGCAAGAGGAAACUGGGUAUAAAGGAGAAGUAGUAGGAAUUUCUCCAGUAACUUGUAUUGAUCCCGGUUUGUCAAAUUGUACAACUCAUAUAGUCAGCGUUAACAUCAAUGGAGAUGAUCCAGAAAACAUCAGGCCGGCACAACAACUUGCGGAAGGAGAGUUUGUUGAAGUACUGCUUAUACCUCUACAUCACUUUCAAGACAAAAUUAAUGAAAUUGUGAAGAAGGAACACGUAGUUGUAGAUACCAAAGUCUACGCCUAUGCAAUGGGAAUGACACUGGCAACAGCCAAGCCGAAAGAACUGCCAGUUCUCAAGCAGUGAAGAAAGACUGGCUUCCUCUAGCAUUCUGAUGUUCUUGCGUGGGUCUGCGAACGCAUUCCUUAAUGUACGAUAAUCCAGUUGAAAAAAUACUGAAUUUUAGAUGAAGUGCACAGAUGAUCCACCAUAGUGCCUUACAUUCCUGUUUCAAAAUCCAGUGUUGAAAAAUCAGUUUUCUUACCCUUGUAUUCUUUGUUUUAUGGUGGAAUGGUCUCUUUUUCUUGCCUGGUUUGUAAACAAAUUAUCCAGAUUUGUUGCAAUAAAGUGUACCCAAUAUUCAACAAA